UUGAGUUUUCCAACAUGGCUGCCAUCAGGAGAGGGGUGACUCCGUGUUGCCUGGCAAGAUGUUUUCUUAAACAGACAGAAAAACCAAGAAGAGGCAGCCAGUCCUUUUCUGGCAUUCUGAAUCACCGGCUGCUCCAGAAGUCCAAUCUGCACACAGUGUUUGACUCUCACAGUCAUGACGCCAGGACUCUGCUUGGCCGUAGACAGCACGGGAAGUUCCUCUGGCUGAGCGCCGUGGCGGUCAGACACAACAGCUCGCAGAUCCCACCUGGAGAAGGAAGCAUCACAGCUUCUGUCUUUCUGCCUGCUGACCCCACCCCUAUCAUCGUACAGCCAAUCACAGAGCAGGUUCCAGCUGAAACCCUAUCACUACCAGUAGUGGACGUCUCUCCUCCUCCCCCAGUCCUAGCAUCCCCCCCUGAGCUGGUGUCUGCAGACCCCUCUCCUGUUUUAUCACAGGUGUCCGACGUCGCGCCGACUGCAGUGGAAGUCCUGCAGGCUGCAAGUACAGAGGCCAGUUUAGCAGAGCUUGGACUAGCAGGCCACACACCAGUGGGUCUGAUCCAGAACCUUUUAGAGUUCAUACAUGUGGAUCUCGGUUUGCCCUGGUGGGGGGCAAUCGUCAUAGGAACGGUGUUGGCUCGUCUGGCUGUGUUUCCAGUCAUAGUGAAGGGCCAGAGGGAGGCAGCCAAGCUCAACAACGUUCUACCUGAGAUGACAAAACUCACAACCAGGAUGAACGAGGCCAAGCAGAGUGGAAACAAAUUUGAUUUCGCUAAAGCCUACUCUGACCUGAACUUGUUCCAGAAGAAGCAUGAUGUCAACCCUCUCCGUGGUUUUCUAGUGCCUAUGGUGCAGGCGCCUGUGUUCGUCUCCUUCUUCAUCGCUCUGAGGAAGAUGGCCUAUCUACCAGUGCCCAGCUUGCAGACAGGAGGCAUGCUCUGGUUUACAGACCUGACAGCUGCAGAUCCUUUUUACAUUCUGCCUCUGGCCGUCACUGGAACCAUGUUCUUCAUCCUGGAGUUGGGUGCAGAGUCUGGAAUCGACAACCCAAACCUGCGAGCCAUGAAGACCGUGUUCAGAGUCAUGCCCUUCGUCAUCCUCCCCCUCACUAUCAACUUCCCUACGGCGGUCUUCACCUACUGGCUGACCUCUAACUGCUUCUCCCUCGGUCAAGUGGCUCUGCUCAAACACCCGCUGGUCAGACAGAAGCUGAGGAUCCCAGAGAGGAUUCAACACCCAGCCUCGGCCAUGCCUCAAAAUGAGGGCUUCAUCGAGAGUAUGAAGAAGGGCUGGAAAAACGCUCAGCUGGCACAGCAGAUGGAAGAGAGAGACAGAAGAAUCAAAAAUCACCUGGACCUCGCUGCUAAAGGUCCACUGAGACAGACUUUUACCCACAAUCCUCUCCAGCAAACUGCAGCAGCAGCAAAAAGCAAGCCAGCGGCUGGGAAGGCUCGUCCGUGGAAGGACACGAUUGGAUAGAUCAGACCAGCUGAUUGCUCCACAUUGAAAUAAAAAUAAUGUAAAUAUUUAUGGAUGGAUGAGAUGACAUGGUGGAAGCAGGUUGUUAUUAUGUAUUCUAAUUAAAAUCUGCUUCUAAACAA